ACAAACCUAGCUAACCUACAACGCCACAAGAGGACUGUGACCCAUCACAAAUAGCCGUACUCAGACAGGCUACUCUGACAGUGACAACGCGACUGCGACACGCUUUAAACGGACAGGACAGCGUUGUGGAGAGUGGAUCAGCCCGAGCGGUUGAGGAUGGAGAGUCCCAACCUUUCCUCCGGCAAGGUGGCAGCGAUUAUCGGAAUAAGCAUGGGCGCACUGCUGAUAAUGCAGGCGAGAGAUCCGUUGGACUGGAUAGGCGGUGGGUACCCGGAGGUAUGGAGGAAAACUGGACUAGUAGGCGCACCAGCCCGAGCUGUGGUGUGCAUCAUCGCAGGGAUUUUACUUCUUGUAAUGGGCUGGCUGUAUAGACUCCUCUUUUCUCCUCUUGAGCUACUCAGAACGCCGGAUGAGGUCGGGUACAUAGCGGAGGAUGGCCGUUCCCGCGCUCAAGCUGCUAACCAAGUGCGUCGGAGACGGAAAACUGGAGAAUUGCCACCGGUGUAUCCUAACGGCUGGUAUCGAGUUCUGGAUUCUCACAUGCUGGAACGUGGGGAUGUGAAAAACAUAACUGUGUUAGGCGAGCAGGUUGCCGUGUUUCGGGGAGAGGACGGCAAGGCCUAUGUGGUAGACGCCUACUGCCCCCAUCUGGGUGCCAACUUGGCCGUGGGAGGGCGGGUGGUCGGAGAGUGCAUCGAGUGCCCCUUCCACGGCUGGCAGUUCCGUGGGGAGGAUGGAAAGUGCGUGAGGAUCCCUUACGCAGAGAAAGUACCUGAGUUUGCCAAGGUGCGGUGCUGGCCCAGCCAUGAGACCAACGGACAGGUUCUGGUCUGGUUCCACUGUGAUGGGGAGCAGCCCGAGUGGGUGGUGCCGGAGCAGGAGGAGAUCGCUCGGGGGGACUGGGUUUACCGAGGGCGCACCGAACACUUCAUCAACGCACACAUAGAGGAAAUACCUGAGAAUGCAGCAGAUAUAGCCCACCUGGCUCACCUGCACACGCCAGGUAUUAUGAGUGGCGUGGACCUGCGCUACACCAACAGCAAGACCUGGGAGUUUGUUCGUCAUGACUGGAAGGUGCAGUGGGAACCUGAGGCAGAGCCGAACAAGCACUGCUCCCAGAUGCUGGUGAAACACGCUCUGACUGUGUUCGGACGCCACUGGCCUCUGCUGGACGUGGAUGUAGUAGCCAGACAGGUGGGACCUGGAGUGGUCUUCCUACUCUUCGACCACAGUUUCCUGGGGAGGGGGGUGAUCAUGCACUGCGUGACCCCUGUGGAGCCUCUCCUGCAGUGUGUGUCUCACACCAUCUUCUACCAGAAAAACAUCCCUCCCCUGGUGCCCAAGUUCAUCCUCAGGGCAGAGUGCAUUCAGUUUGAACGGGACGUGAUGAUCUGGAACAACAAGACGUACAUCUCCAAGCCCCUGCUGGUGAAGGAGGACUCUUCCAUCCAAAAGCACCGACGCUGGUUCAGCCAGUUCUACAGCGACAACAGCCCCCGGCUGCGUUUCCAGCAUGACACCCUCGACUUCUGACCGCCCUCACACAGGGGAGAAGGAAGAGUCGCCAGAGAUGGAAGAAGAGGAAGAGGAGGAGGUGAUUAAGAGUCACCAGAGAUCUCUGACGGAGGAGAGGGGAAAUCAUCAACUUGGUGCAAGAAAACGCCCACUCAUCUCACUAGACUAAGACUUUUUCCAGCCGUCUUAAUCAGGAGAGAUUGGAGACCUGUCCGGAAACUAGUCAGAUGGGACUCUGGUCUUUGACUAGACACCCCUCCUCCCCUCCCACCCUAUUCCCCGCCUCCUUCAGUUAAGUGCCUAGCUACCCUGCGAAGCUGUAGAAUGUUAUUUAAUGGGACCCCUCUUACCAUUUCUCUUUUUAUGUCACUUUCAAAAAAAUUAGUUUCAUACGUUUAACUAUGAAGACCUACUGUAAUAAUGAUCAAAUCAAGCAAAAGGAUCAAUUGCACCAGAAUUGCCUAGCCCAAUGUGGACAGUUUAGAUUGUGGAUGCACUGUGUGUGUGAGUUACGCACUGAAUGAUGUAGAACUACAUGAUUAUAUAUCUGUUGUGAAUAAUACUAGCAAGUGCAGUGUCUAGUAUAAAACUGUCCAUAUUUCUAAGGUUAUUAAUCUAUGUUUGCUGUACUGUAUGAUAGACAGUUUUAUUUUUAAAUAUAAAACUCAUAUUUUCCGUUGGGGCUUUAGUUUGGUAUCCAUUCUGGCAUCCUAAAAAACGGGCAGUUGGAUCGCACUUGCAUAAACCACUGAGUCCUGCUACUUAAUCAACUCAAACAUGCGAAAAACCUAGAUUUUACAUUUAGUUAUUUUAGCAGAUGCUCUUAUCCAGAGCGACUUACAGUAAGAACAGGGACAUUCCUCUCCAAGGCAAGUAGGUUGAAGUGCCUUGCCCAAGAACAAAACGUCAUUUGGCACGACCGGCAACCUUCUGAUUAAUAGCCCGAUUCCCUAACCACUCCAUUUGACCCCUAUGUUCAAGGGAGUGCUCCCCAAUAGCGUAAAACGCGAAUGGUUGACCAAACCUGGCAACCAGCUCCGAGCCUCAGGCACUAGCGGCGGCACUUUGGGUUGCCAGGUGCGUCUCAGACCUGAGUGGAUGAUUUACCUCGCCUGCUGAUUGUAGCUCCUUGACUAAACCCAGGUAGAGAGACUGACCCACAUUGUUUCCUGCUCAGCCUAUGUUGCUGACCAUGUCAGCUUAACCCUUGUGCUGCCUUGGCUUAGGGUCACAGUGACCCGAAGGUUCACAACGACCCAUCGUCGUGUUAGGACAACUUUACCCAAUACAAAAACAAAUAAAAAGCAUUUUCUUGUAACAUUCGUGUUGUGGUCUGUCUGAGACAGCCCGACGGUUAAAAGAAAAUGCUUCACUUUAUUUUUGUAUUAGGUAAAGUUGUUGCAACACGACGGUGGGUCACAAUUACUGAAGGGUCACAAUGACCCGAAGGUCAUUGGUCACCGGAUGGGUCAUCGGAUUGGUCACCGCCAGGGUCACAGGAUGGCUGCGAAGCAGUGAGCCUGUUAGUACAUGUGUAGCGCGUUGCCCUUCAUGUGAAAUAGUUGCCAAUGAUUUCAGAGGAUUGUGUCACACUUCACACAGACACAGUAUGAACAGGCAUGAGAUCAGUCUAUACAUUACGAUAAUAACCGAGCAACACAAUUUUAAUAGUUUCUUGCUCAAACUCUCUCAUAGAAUUGUUCUGCAAGGUUUGUAGCUUUUUCAUUCUCGGUUAAAUUAAGAUGGGAUGGAAGGUCUUUUUGAAAAAAUUGUUUUAUUGUUAUGAAAAGAUGACUAAUUUUGUAGCUCAGCUGUUCUUGGUAGCCUGCACUGUGCAGAAUAUUAACUGUGACUAUGCACUCAGAUUUAGCCUCGGGGUGAGAGAUCUAAAAUGUAACCUGUCGAUAUGGAUUACAUUUCUCUUUCGUUUCUGAACCACAAAUUGCAGUGAGAUUGCACUGGCAUGAUCUUCCUGCGGGCUUGGCUAAACCCUGCAGGUCUAUGCAUGACACUGGUAUGCACAGGUUCAUAGGGUUGAAAGUACUGUGUAUAACCUAACUUUCUAGGUAGCUAUGGAACGGAUAGAGGAAACUAUACCUGCUGUGUCACUGUGUGGUUCUGAUCAUGUGACAUACUAAUAAGGACUUCCGUGUGAGGGCACAGGACUCGUUCUGGGGGACUGUGUGGGGGAAGUGACUGAUUAGAUCCACCUUUCAUGGUUCAUUAUACCAAUAGGUGGUUGAUGAAAAAGGGGGUGCUGGCAAAUGUGCAAAAGCACAAUGUUCUCUUUUGGAUAUUUUUAGAGCCCCCUCCCUUUUCAUGAUCUCAAAAGAUUAUUUUUGUUACUGUAUCAUGCAGUGAGAGCUGUUGAUUUGCAUUUGCUGAAUAAAUCAACUCUGGU